AGGCCGACAUGUAUGUCUCGAAAAUCCUGCCGGACCCGGCGACCACCGUUUACGCGGAGCGGGGCAGCGUGCCGGCAGCCUCGUGCAGCGACCACGCGUAUGACAGCUGCGAGAAGCCACCCACCCCACCACCGCAUCUACGCCGCGGAGGUCGCGUUCCACGACCGACCCCAGUGCGCCGGCGCCGGCGGCGCGUGGCCGUAGACGGUGAGGAGCGCGUCGUGUGCAAGCCUCAAUCGGGUCGUUGGUCCUCGCGUCUGCCCGUGGGCACGGUGGUGCGCAGACCCUCGGUCAAGCUGGUCCAGCUCGUCGCGCAGGCCAUACACGAGAGCCCACACCGGGUGCUGCGAGUCUCGCACGUCUACGCCGCACUGCAGAACAGAUACCCUUACUACAGGAUCCAGGACAAGAAUGCCAUCAGCAGCUGGAAGAGCUCGGUGCGUCACGCUCUGUUCCAAAAAUGGUUCAUGAAGUUCCGCCCCACGUCCGCAUUGUACGAGACGUUUCGGCCCAGGAGUUUCUUCUGGGGUCUCAACUACAGCAACAGGUGGGUGUGA